UUCUUUCUCUAACAUUGAAGUUCUAUCUUUCUUGCCUUUAAAGCAUAAUUAGUAAAUAAGACGACAAUCUUAUCAGAGCUCGGCAUAGAAAGAUGGAAGAAAAUAUAUGUUAUCAGUUGCUUCUCUUCAUGCUGUUAUUAAAGUCACUUCAUCGUUGUGCACGAUGUCCCAAUUAACAUACACCUACAGAGGUCUUAUUGUCCCAGUGUUAACACCUUUUAAAAAUGAUGGAUCUCUUAAUUUGAAUAUUAUACCACAAUAUGCAACAUAUCUGGCAAAAAAAAGAAUUAAUGGUAUACUCGUUAAUGGUACAAGCGGUGAGGGGAUGUCAAUGUCUGUUGCUGAAAGAAAACUCGUUACUGAAGCUUGGGUAAAAGCGACGAAAAAUACAAAACAACACUUAAUGAUUCAAAUAGGAGGUGCUCCCUUUCCCGAUGUAAUCGAGCUUGCAAAACAUGCAGAAUCUCUGAAUGUAGAUUCUAUACUUUGUUUACCAGAAUUAUAUUCAAAGCCUACUACUCCUCAGAAAUUAAUUGAAUAUUUGGAGAAGGUUGGCCAGGCAGCACCAAAUACGCCAUUAUUAUACUAUCAUAUUCCUAUGUUUACCAAUAUUAAUAUACAUAUGGGACAAUUCCUUGAAUUAAUUGAUUCUAAAAUACCAUCAUUUGUGGGUAUAAAAUUCACUAGUAACAAUUUAGAAGAGGGUGCACAAGCAUUACAUGCCAAUAAUAAAAAAUAUGUCAUUUUUCUUGGUAAUGAUCAGCUUGUGAACGCUGCAUGUGCACUGGGAAUGGACUCUUUCAUACUGCUUGGCAUAAAUAUGUUUCCAGAACUUGCACUGGAGCUUCUUGAUGCUGGAAUAAGUGGAAAUAUGUUAAAAGCUAGGAAUCUACAGGAGAAAUUUUCAAGCGCUAUAUUUGCUAUAAUAAAACAUGAUGCUAGGAUGCAGGCUAUCAAAAUAGCAAUGUCUCUUCUUACUGAUAUCAAUGUAGGACCACCUCGUGCACCACUUACUAUUUCUCCUGAUACUCUAGCAACUCUAGUAACAGAUUUAACAAAUUUAGGAUAUAAACCAAAUUUACAGCAUGAUUGAAAAUAUUUUAUUAUUUUAACCAUAAUUGAAAAUAUUUUAUUAUCAUUAUACUGUUUAU